AUGGCAGUCAGUGUUCAGCAUGGGUUCCUAGGCAGGAAAACAUCCCUGAUUUACAGCCUUCGCAGACAGAUAGCACCGAGCAGAGUUUGUGUCCGACGAGCCGCUGAAGUCCAGACCGUCAGGGCGUCAGCAAGCUCCGCAGGAGAGGCUCCGGACAACGAGAAGUACUGCCUGAACCUGGUCAGGUCCAGAGACUAUGAGGGCUUUUUGACGUGUCUUCUCCUCCCAGAGGAGGCGCGGCGCUCCUCCCUGGCUCUGAGAGCCUUUAAUGUGGAGCUGGCACAGGUGAAGGACUCCGUUUCCCAGAAGACCAUUGGUCUGAUGCGGAUGCAGUUCUGGAAGACGGCCCUGGAUGAGAUCUACAGAGAUGACCCGCCCAACCAGCCAGUCAGCACGGAGCUGUGGAGGGCAGUGAAGACACAUGGUCUAACAAAAAGAUGGCUGACAAGGAUUGUUACAGAGAGGGAAAAGGAUCUGGAUGACCGAGCCUACAGGAACCUUCAGGAACUUGAGAAGUACUCUGAGAACACCCAGUCGUCCCUUUUAUACCUGCUGCUGGAGUGCCUAGGUGUGAAAAAUGUCCACGCGGAUCACGCAGCGAGUCACAUAGGAAAAGCUCAGGGAAUCGUCACGUGUCUGAGAGCGACUCCGUACCACAGCAGCCGGCGGAAAGUCUACCUGCCCAUGGACAUCUGCAUGCUGCACGGAGCUUCCCAGGAGGACUUCAUCCGUGGCAGCCGGGAGAAGAACGUACGAGAUGUGGUGUACGACAUCGCUAGCCAGGCUCACGUGCACCUUGAACACGCUCGAUCAUUUAGCCACGACGUUCCGGCAGCUGCAACCCCGGCCUUCAUUCACACUGUCGCGUUAGAAGACUAUCUGCAGCGAGUAAGGAAAGUUGAUUUUGAUGUUUUCCACAAGAGCCUGCUGAACAGAAACCCCCUUCUCCCCUUCCAGCUGUAUCUCCGUUCCUGGAAGAAGACCUACUGACUCCCGUUCGACCAGUUUGACUCUAAGCAAGCCGCAGAUGUGGCAGACUUAACUUAUUGAGAUUCUGCUCUCAGAAUACCAACCAGCAGGUUCAUAAAGACGCGGACUUGGCCAAACGUCAGCACUGGCACUGAAAUCCUCACGCUCAGUGACGCUACAGACCACAGCUGGCUGGUUUUCACUUCAGAUUUGUGUUUGGAGUAUUUUAGUGUUUUUCCAGGAAGUAUGUAUGUUUCCUCCCCAAAUAAUGAAACCCGAUCAGAGAAAAUGGAGAUAAUAAACAAACAGGGCUUUAGAGAGCAUAUGCUGCAGUCAUAGACUUGGCCGGUCUUUCUCUGACCAGAUUUUUCAUCACACUCAUUUGUUAGAAAUUUGUUUUCCAAUGUAAGAUUUGAUGAGACUUUUGUUUGUGGAGAAUUAGCUGCACCUACAGCUUAUCUCUGUUAAAUUAUUAAAAAAGAUCAACAGUAUGAUAGAACGAUGCAUUUAUUUUUUAUUUUUCAGCUUUCAUAGAAAUGGUUUAAUGAUGAUGCAACCUUGUGAAAAACAAAACAUAAAAACGAACGAGCAAAGCUGUUCUAAAGCAGCCUGCUUUGGAAAUUAAACACAACGACAGGAUAUUUGAUGUUUUCUAGCCAUCUAGCAUAUUAUUAAUUGUCUUAAAGUUGAUAAUUUCUUCCAGUUCUCAACAGAUCAUCAAGUUAAGAAAAACCUGAUUGUAAAGGUUUAAGGAUUUGAGGAGUUUAGAUAAUUUAAUACAGAUUAUCUGCCAUUCCAGUCCUCAAAAUAUUAAAUAUAUAAAUAACUAAGAGCCAUGCUACACCAGGAAUAAUGACACGGUUGGGAAAAGCUAGCAAACUGCUGUCAUGGUUACAGUUCAAACAUCCAUAUAGCAACCUGCAGCUUUUAGACGAGAUGAUUGUAUAAUAUAAUCAUACUCCCCAGUUUUAUGGUCUUUCUUCUUUUCACCAAGCAGACAUGGUGAAAUGUUCACCAAAAGGUUUAGCAGAAAAUCUUUGUUUCUUUUCAGCUCUCCUGCAUGCAAACCCUUCCAGGCUGCAGAGGAAACAAUAAUCAUGUCCUUUGAUGCCAUUUUCCUCCCAAAUUUUGAAGGUCGGGCACAAAGAAGAAAUGUCCCAUCUAAAGAACAGGAUCUAAAGAUAAUAAGUUAAAUCAUGUAAAGGCAGGAAGCGUCAAAUACAAAAGAUUUUAUCUGUGAACAAUAAAAAUGACACCAGUUUCCUGAUGAGCAACCCCGGAUCAGUCGCUGUUAAUGUCACUAAAUCCGUACGUCUCUCAUUUAAGGUUUAUGUUGAGUUCUGCAGCUGCAAAUAAAAACUCAUUUAUUAGUUUUACGCUGACGCACCGAUGAAACCGUGAAGGAAAUUGUCACCAACCGACUGUCCUUAAAUCAAAUCCUGUCUUUUGUAUCUGUGAUGUUAAAAACCAGCAGCGUCUCUGAAUAAAUCACUGAUUAAGGCUCUGGA